UGCACAAGCCGCAUCUGAGUACCUAAAGCAUGCCGCUUGUAAAGAGGACUCUGAGUGUCUCAUAAGACAUCUACAGAGGUACCAGCAUCUUGCAAUCAGAUCUCUCAACACCUCAACAUGGAAUCCCAUCCAUGGAUGAUUAAUCCUUCGUAAAUCUUCUCCUUUGACCUCCAACCACCACCCCCUGGAACAAUAUGCGGGGAGAAUGGGGGACACCAACCGAGCCGAGCGAGCCGAGGUCCAAAAUGUGGGGUUUACCCCAGAUUUCCCGUCAGUUGUCAGCCACCACCCCUUGACAGCCGCGCGCGCACUACUACUUCAGGGGAGGUCCCCAGUUCAUGACUUAUAGCUGCUCAUUCUCGACCUCAUGAUCUUAUUGUUCAUCUCAUUGUUUGUGAACGAUCAGUGAGAGACAACACUGUCACAAUGGCGUCCACCUCCCCCAUCCAAGUGGAAUACCGCGGCCGCCUCGCCAUAAUAACAAUCAACAACCCCACCAAGCUCGGCGCCCUCAACGGCCAAGGGUACUACGACCUCGCCCAAGCCCUCCGCCAGGUCGCCACCCACGACGAAGUCUUCAUUACCCUCCUCAUCGGAACAGGCCGUUUCUUCUCCGCCGGCGCAGACGUCACCAUCACCCGAACAACUCCCUCCACCUCCAGCACCACCCCCCAUCAGCAAUGGCUCUCCUCCUUCGUAGCCAACAACCUAAACGCCACCCACGCCUUCUACACCCACCCCAAAAUCCUCAUCACCGCCCUCAACGGCCCCGUAAUCGGCCUCUCCGCCGCCCUCAUUUCUUUCAGUGACUUCAUCUACGCCGUCCCGCACACCUUCCUCCUGACCCCCUUCUCCUCCCUCGGCCUCGUCGCCGAGGGCGGUGCCUCCAGGCAGCUCGUCCAAAAACUCGGACCUGCCAGAUCAGGCGAGGCGUUGAUCAUGAGCCGCAAGAUUGAGAGCGCGCAGUUGGAACAGUGCGGGUUUGUCAACAAGGUCUUCGCAGAAGUCGGCAAGGGCGACGGGGAGGAUGAAAAGUUCAAGAGGUUGGUUUUGGCAGAAAUUGACGACAAGCUCGGGGAGCAUCUAGUCGGUGAGUCGCUGCUCGGAAUCAAAAAACUGAUUCGUCGUCCCGAGAGGGAGGUUCUCGACAGCCACAACGUCGCCGAGGUGUUUGCUGGACUGGAGAGGUUCGUCAGCGGGGUGCCGCAGGGGGAGUUUGAAAAGAUUGCUAGUGGGAAGAAGAGGCAUAAGCUUUAGGUUGCCUUUGUGGGGGAAAAACAGGAUUGGAAUUAGAAAUGUUGAUAUGUUUAUUAAAAGUGCUUCCAUCUGUGUAGAAGGGGGUAUAUGUAAGAAACCAAAACACAAAGUAUUCCCAAAAACCAGACAAGUUCCCUACAGCAGCCCCUA